AUUUGGAAGCAAAACGUCCAAGAGACGAUAAAGCCGCUCACCCUCCCCUCCCACUCCAACCAUCUCCCCUUCCCUCUCCUCCUCCCUAGGCUGCGCAGCCAAACGCCUCCGUCUCCUCGCCGCCGCGCCACCCUAUUAAUUCUCCUCAUCCACGAUCCCCUACUCCACACAUCGCAACGCAAGCUUCUCUCCAUCUUGCUCAUGCCCGCGCGCUUUCCCUCCAGGCAGUGACAUCCCGCGGCGCACGCUUCGCCUCUUCAGUUCUUAGUCCGCCGAGAGAGAACCGGGACAGGGGAGCAGCCAAGGACCAGCGUGCAGCCAUGUCCGUGCGAGUGGCGGCGGCGUUGCCGGGGGUGAGGACGGCGUCCUCCUCGGCGGGGCUGGCGCCGUGGCCGUACGUGGAGUACAUGGCGCGGUGGGAGCGGCAGGUGGAGCGGCGGCAGCUGUUCCUCCGGAGCUACCAAUUCUCCCGCGACGCCGACGUCUCGCGCUCGCCGCGCGCGCGCGCGCGCCGCGUCGUUUGGGCGGGGCUGCGCCGCCUGCGCCGCGCCGCGGCCACGGGGCUCCGACGCCUCCGCGCGCGCCUGCGCCUCUGCUUCGGCUGGGCCACGCGCCGCCGGUCCCGCAGGGCCAGCAGCAACCUCCGCUACGGCCGCCUCUCCGGCGCCGGGCACGCAAAGGCGGCCGCGUCCGUCUGCUUCUGGUAGUGCUCGGCGGAGCAGAGCAGAAUCGAGCUAGAAGCAUUCUUUGCUUCGUUAAGUUCGCGUCUGAAGCGAGACAAGCUUAAUUACUUAGACAAGAAUUAGCCGGUGUGUGUUGACUUCGAUUCUGUGGAGUUGCUUGCUUACUAGUGUUGCGUAAUUGGAGAGGAUAAAGAGGGUUAAUCAAGGGGACAAGGAUGUUCAUUUUUUUGGGUUCUUUUUUCCUUCAUUUUUUUUUAUGGUGACCUACACUCUACUGCUCGCUGUCUAAAUAUAUUAUCCUGCCUUUCUUCUCUUUUGUCUUCGAA